UAAGUUUCAAAAAGGCCAAGAAUUUUAACUGCAAAACUUGUUUCGUUGUUGGUGGAGGGGUGAGGCGCGUCGUGGUGGUUUCCCGCUCUCUACACAAACUGAAAGAAUGACAAAAUUUCAAUUAUUUCGCUUGUCACGACUUUAUAAUCGGAUUGAAGCGUACCUGCUAAUAGCUGCAAUUCAAAUAAAUUUACUGUUCAUAUUUUAUGAGCACAAAUAACUUUUAUUUUGUCAACCAGACAGUUCAUAUAUUCCGAUGCAUAUUUUUUGUAGUUUUCCGCGUACUUUUUCUUCGUCAACUCUAACCAUGCCGCAGUUGUCGUCAUCUUCGUAUCCCUUUCGAUUUGUUUGCCGUUUCUCAUGUUCAGACAUUCAAAACGUAUUCCGUAAGAAGUUAAUUUAAGUUUUUCAACUUGAAUAAAAAAAAAAUCGUGAACUUAUAAAAAUAUUUUGACAAGGGAAAAAAACGAAAACAUAUUUUAUUGUUAUCAUUGCCGACUUGUUAUAUUUUAUUUAUUUAUUCUUUUUUGCUUUCUGUUUUUAUUCUCUUUCGUCAUUUGAACGCAGUACACAACUAAUACUGCCAGUGAAUCGGCUUCAAUAGAUUUUUGAUAGAACAGUUUUGAAGUUUUAAAUCCAUAAAUAUUGUAUAAAUUUGCUAUUUAUUGCAAAACUUUGAUAAUCUCCCCUCCAACGAUUUGUGGUUGCGAUUCCAUUUUGGUUGUGGCGUUUCAAAAGAAUAUUUUUUAUGAAGACAGCUAAUUUUCAACUGGAAAUGUCCUGUCAUUCAAACUAGUCAUGGUUGAAACAGACUUGAAAGAUGUGUUCAUAAGCGGUUCGGUUUCGAAAACGACUUCGAUGAAAUCUUCCAAAACAGUGCCAGAUUUCCGAUAUCAAUAUUUAAGUCACUGUGAUAUAAACACAUAUUUGGAUACGCUACAAGCAAAAUACCCACAUUUGGUCAAAAUCAAAACAAUUGGCUAUUCUUUUGAAAGACGCGCACUAAAAUCCAUUCAUAUAUCAACAUCAAUGAUGACAAAGGUCAAUGAGUUGGAGCCGGUGAAUAAGAAAGCAAAAUCAACCCUGAAUGGCAUCAACAGAUCCAAGUCGGCAUUGAAACGAAAGCAAGUCGUGCUAAUUGAUGGGGGAAUGCAUGCUCGUGAAUGGUGCACAAUUUCAACAGCUCUCCACUGUGCCAGUCAAUUAACCGACAAUUUUGACGAGAAUAAAAAUUUACUCGAAAUUUUUGAUUUUGUUAUUGUACCUUGUGUCAAUAUCGAUGGAUACGAAUUCUCGCGUUGCUAUAAGAAGAUGUGGCGAAAGUCUCGGAGACCGAUUGAAUUCUCCAAAUUCAUUGGUGUGGAUUUUAAUCGAAAUUUCAGUGUUGGGUGGGAAACAGCAUCACAAAAAACAUCGAGUUGUACAUACCGCGGUGAAAAACCAUUUUCAGAGCCGGAAACUAGGAUCAUCAAGCGUCUCAUGCAUUCACUGAAACCAACAUUUUACCUAACACUCCACUCAUUCAGCAAAUCAAUCAUGUUUCCAUAUGCAUUUACAAGCAUGUUACCCUACAACUGGAUGAGUCUUCAUAGUUUGGCUAAAGCAGCCGGACAAGCAAUACAAAAAGAGACGGGUACAAAGUUUCGCAUUGGCAGCGUAGCUUCGAUAAUAAAAAAUGCCAAGGCAAGUGGCGGAGGAAGUGUUGAUUACGCCCAUAAAACGGCCAAAAUACCAUUUGUCAUUGUUAUGGAGUUAUCAGGAGGUAGCUUCCAGCCACCGGCCAUAGCUAUUAAUGGCGUCCUAUUGGAAAGUUGGAUUGGAAUUCACGCUAUGUGCUCAUUCUUGAAAAAUAGAAAUAAAAUUUAAAGAUAAAUUAAAUAAAAACCAAUUCAUUUUGAAUUAAUAUGAAAUAUCAAUUCAAUGCCGACAACAUAGGUGGCGUUCUUGAUAUAUCUGUGCCAGAACGAAAAAAAAUGCAACGAAGAAAAUAAAUUAAAUUGAUUUUCUAAAAUGCGAUCAUAGUUUUCAUACAGGGAGUUGCACAUUUCU